AUGGACGGUCCAAACAAUGGUAUCGUUCUCUAUCACUACUCAUUCUCACCUUAUGCGAGACGAGUGAUAUGGUACUUGGCACUUCGUGGGAUUGAUUAUGCUGAAUGUAAACAAGCCCCAGUACUCCCACGACCAGACCUCAAAGCUUUGGGAAUCAAUUAUCGACGAAUUCCUUUGCUUGCUAUCGGUCGUGAUGUCUACUGCGACUCCCGGCUUAUCCUGCGAAAGCUAGAAGAGUUGUUUCCAGAUGGGGCUCUGGGAGCUUCCAACCCCGAGGAAAAGGCGAUCCAGAAAUUCCUCGAGAUCUGGGCCGUCGAAUCCGGCGUGUUCAACCGAGCGUCACAGCUCAUACCGAGCAGCAUGCCAUUGUUGAAUGAUCCCAAAUUCGUCAAAGACAGAGAGGAUCUUACCAGCAGACCUUGGAGCAAAGAAGGUAUCGACGCGAAUCGACCAGAGGCACUGGCCGCCAUCAGGAGCGGGUUUCAAUUCCUAGAGUCGACCCUGUUGGCGGAUGGACGUGAUUGGGUGCUCAAGACUGAUCGACCCACACUUGCAGAUAUUGAAGCUAUCUGGACCUUUGAUUGGCUCAAUGGCCUCAAGGGAGCACUUCCCCGGGACCUGAUUUCUGCGAAGCAAUAUCCUAAGGUAUUCGCAUGGAUAGAGAGAUUCAACGGCGUGCUGCAAAAGGCAAAGGCGCAGGCACCCAAACCCACCUCACUAAAGGGCGAUGUUGCAGCUCAACGUAUUUUCAACGCUUCCUUUGCGGAAAAAGACUUGGGGAUCGACCAGGCGGAUCCGUUAGGAUUACGGCAAGGAGCAUUGGUUGAGAUUUACCCGAUUGAUUCUGGUUCCCGACAUCAUGAUACAGGACACCUGAUAGGACUCAGCCAGGACGAAGCAGUCCUGCACAUUGGGUCUGAGGAGAAAGGAAUACGCGUGCAUUAUCCUCGAACCGGCUUCAGAAUUAAAACGCUCACCGUCGGAGGAGAGUCAAAGCUGUAA